CGUACACUCAGAGCGAAGUAACUAUACUAUAGCCACAUUAGUCGACUGAUGGACCGUAGCAUGUAAAAGUACAUAUUGGUGUAGUUAUGGUUAUACUAAUCUGUCUAAUAUUUGGAAGCAGGUAGUGUAGCAUGGGUGUUAUGAAACUUAUGCGUCAAAAGAUGACCAAGAAGUGUUUGGGUAGACAGACCUUAAAACUGCUUUAUUGCCUCAUCGUAUAUUUGCUGCUGAUUACAGAUAAGUGAAUGACUACAGGAACAUUCAGUGCCUGACACUAACUCUCUCUUAUUAAAAAGGCUGCAUCAGACGCGCUAUGACACGAAAAAUAUCGUCGCACGCCUUAUCGUUGUUUGUGUAAAUCGUCUGAGCGAGUACGCUAGCAUUAGAGUGAACCAUAUGCUUGGCUUCGUGCGCACCUACACUGGAUUAAAGAUAGCGAUACCCGCCUAACCGCUCAAAGAUGCAGAGGCUCAGAGAGCAUCCAGAAUUUUAAACUGUUCCACGGAUCAUGCUUGCUAAUGCUACAAUGAUUUAUCAGGUUUUUGAAGACACUUUUAUCAUGUCGUUUUCGUAGUUCACUACAAAAUGGAGGAAUCAAUUUCAGAACCAAAUGACGCCGCUGAUACUACAGAAUAAUGACCCACGUACAACUCCGCGCGAUUUCUUUAACACCUUCCAUAUGCAUAAAGCUGAUAUAUAUGAUCGACAGAUGAGCUCCGACUUUUUAGAAAUUCCGAAAAAAGAUAAGGAAUUGAGGGAAAAAGUUUUUCUUGUUUCGUUGACUGUUCUUAUAGCUGAUUUUUUUAAGCAUCAAAUUUAUACUUAUCCGUCCUCUCAUGUGAUCUCCAUAUGUAAUUACCAAAUAAUAAAAUGAGGGUUUUUCUUUUAUCUAAAAUAUACUUUUCGUUAUUGGAUCAUUGAUAGCUAGAUGUAUUAAGCGAAAAACACCACUUAUGGUUACAGGCGACGAGUGUCCGACAAAAAUAGCUGACAGAGAUAAGCGGACUCUAAGACAAGUGAGAUGUUUUUUGACGCGUCCACAUAAUAAAACACGCUGUUCUAAGAGUGAUAACUAAACAUUGCUACUCAUUGCUUUUGAUUUCAGGGCAUACAUUAUGCUAGGCCACAAUGCUAUUAUGUAAACAUAAUGACGCUCGAUACGCUUCAAAGACGUUCUGUUGCGACUACCUGUUCUGAGGCAAGACAAAGAUCUAAUGUGGGCGAUAUAUUUCUUUAACAGAAUUGUACGCAUCCGUUGUGCGCUCGCUUGGCUUUUGACCACAGCAAUAAACAACGGUGCUUAAGGAGUUUUAAACCUAAACAAUCCUAACGGUUUAUUAACCUAUUAUUUACAGCCCCUUUAAACCUGAAAGGUGCAACAGUUACAGGCUCUUCGUACUGUUAAUAGCAUCAAUGUCAUUGUGUGCUUCGUUAUUCCUCGUUGAUCGCUUUCAAAUUGAUCAAUAUUGUUAUUACCAUUACAAUGCCGAUAUUGUUAUUAGAACUAACUUUACGUCUUAACGCCAUAAUUGUCGAAGCAUGUGUUUGUGAUAAGUAUUCGUGUCUUGGCUACACAUAUGUGUAAUCAAAAGUUAGUGGGUCGACAUGUUGCGCGCACGAUGAAGAGCGUCUUUCUAAAGUCAGCAAUCACAGCCCCAUUUAUUGUACGGACGAAGUUUGCUCCUAAGUUAAAUGUUACAGAAGAAGCCCCACCGAAGACUAUACUGUCACGCGAUAAUGCGGCUAAACAGGUCAGCCCGUCAACAACAUGGUUGGACGCAUCGUCUGAGACUUCUUCGUCGGCCACAGCAACUGUUCCGACGGAGUCUCAACAGAAAGGACAAGUGGAGGAAUCAGUUUCGUCAAGAUUUAGCACUACAACAAAAUUGGAGACAGAAUCAAUUACGCUGAUUUCUCCUGCAGAGAUUGGAGGAUUGCUUGCCGAAGACUCAACUGUGAAACAAAAAGCAGAUUUUGUUCGAAAAUCUCCCCGACGUUUACCGAAGGCUUUUUCUGAAGCGCGUCCGAAUUAUUUGGAACGUUUGCGGUGGAUUUUUAUCACACUGCCACUGCUCGGAGCCCUUUGGGGUGCUCUGCCAAGCGCACAAUUUUUACUCUCUGUCCAACUUGUUGUCACCGUGACGAUCGCAUACAUUGCUGGCUGUGCUACCGCGUUAUUGCCACGUGUACCGCCACUACUGGGAAUGAUGGGAGCAGGAGCUGUGCUCGCAAAUUUCGACUUAGUUGCCAUCCCGUCUGAAAUACCCGGAAAACUUCGUUCAGUGGCACUUGCCAUCAUUCUGUUGAGAGCUGGGAUAGGAUUAGAUCUGACAAUACUCCAGAAGCUAAGUAUGGCUUGCAUACGAUUGACAUUCAUUCCCUGCUUUGCCGAGGCCUUUAUGGUUAUGUUCGUCGGCCACUAUCUUCUCGACCUUCCAUUUCUCUGGGCUCUGCUGCUUGGUUUUGUGCUCGCAGCCGUAUCGCCAGCAGUAAUUGUUCCGGCCAUGAUCGAACUCAAUCAACAGCGAUUAGGCACAGACAAGGGCAUUCCAACUUUAAUCAUGGCGGCAGCAUCGUUUGACGACGUGGCGGCGAUCACCGGAUUCGGAGUUGUUUCUGGAAUGCUCUUUCAGGCGAUGGUUGAAGACUCCGUCUUGUGGACCCUGCUAUCCGUGCCUUCCGAAGCAAUAUUAGGGCUCAUCUGCGGUGUACUCUUGGGCUUCGUUAUCGCAUACGGCCUUCCGGCAAACAGAAAUAUUGAGAGUAAAAUGUUCGACCUUUUAUGUGCUUUGUACAUCGUACUCAGCGGUAUAGCUGGUAUCUUGAUCAGUAAUCGUUUUGGUCUUGGAGGUGUAGGACCUCUAGUAGCCAUCGCGUCCUCAGCCACAGCAGCGGUCAUAUGGAAGAGACAAGCGAGUAUUUUAUGCGACGCCAAUGAUGUGGUGCAGAUCGUGUCUUGUUCACUCGUCUUAAAGUACCUCUGGAUCAUGUCUGAGCCGGUACUGUUUGCAAUGAUUGGCCUUGAAUUUCGCGUUUCAUCGUUGGAUCCAAACGUGAUAUUACUUGGUUGCCUCACAUUGAUUAUAUGCCUAUCGGUCCGUAUCGGAGUGACGUACCUGGCCGUCAGUUGCAGCUCACUCACCCCAAAAGAAAGACUAUUCGUGAGUAUAGCAUGGUUGCCCAAAGCGACUGUUCAAGCUGCUCUGGCGCCAACUGCCUUGGAUAUGGUACGCUCCCUAAAAAAUGAAGGACAGCCUGUUGAGGAAAGUGCACUUGUUUACGGUGAAACCGUGCUCACAGUUAGUAUCCUGGCCAUCAUAAUUACUGCACCUAUAGGAGCUUUAAGUAUAGCACUUUCUGCUCCGCGGCUGUUAAGGAAGGGGCAACAAAAGUUUUUAGUGAAUGUAAAGGAAGAAAUGCCACUGAAGGCGAUCGCGAGAGCAGCCGAGGAUCUGCCGGUGUAAUAUCAUUUAAGUCGACACAACUAAUUUUAAAGCAGCAAUAAACCCACUUUUGCGUCUUGGAUACCUCUCGCACUAAAACUGGGGUCAAAAAUUGUUUGAAGAAAACUACUAUCAGAGCCUCGUGUAUAGCUUACGCCUCGAUUGUACUGCAACCACAGCAUAUGUACAAUAAAUAGCACCCAUUAAACUCAUCAUAACAACAAAGCGAUACGUAAUGUAACAGACCUGUAAUUGUACGCUUAAGUUUUUACCACAAAGUACAUUAGAAAUUAAAUAACCUGCUUUAGUAGAAAGUCAUUAAAUAACAAAACAUAUCUAAUGUAAUCUAUACAUUCAUGCAGUUUGUCUCCCAUACCGCAAACGGAUUAAUUGUUUCGUUAAAUUAAAUGCAUUUUCUGAUUGUUGGUGUUCAUAAGAGCUUUUAAAACGACUCUAGGAUCAUAAAAGUUAAUUGGAAGAUGAAAUUUUCUUAAAGACAGCGGAAUCCACCAUGUAUAUGCCAAAUUAUUGACUGUUAGAACAAAUGUUAUUGUGCGAGGAUAUUGCAGAACCUGUCCGAAUUAAGGAAGCAACGUGACAGAAGCGUAUGUCGAACAGAAGGGCCGUGCACAUAGCUUGCAAGAAAGAACGACACACCCAUACUUUCGUGUAUUCCAGAUAAAUACACUAAUUUUUGUUACAUCAUUUAUUGAGAAAAGCUUACCUUGCGCCCGUGUAGGGCUGGAAUAUGAACUCUUAUUUGAAAUAAAGAAAUCUGUUAGAUAGUCAGGGUUGAGGAACCUAUAAAAAUGAAUGACCUAGACUCGCCUAUGCACGGACAUAAACAUAAAUAACAACUCAGCUAGCGUUAUCGUUAUUUAGCUAUUUAAGUUAGGAAGUUAUCGUAAUCGAUAUGCAUAACGGCAUCGUUGUUGUCAUAAGGACAGCCACUUCUGCUUAGUUGCAUCAUCCUAAUAUCUUCAUUUAUA